GUGCCGCCGUCGCGGAACGGGAGCUCGGCGGGGACGGACUGGUGCCCCGUGCCCCCGGAGCAGCGGCCCGUGAACGAGUACGAGGCGCUGGCCGCGUCGCAGCCCUUCUCCUGGGCGGCGGGGGACCUGCGCCUCUACUGCUCCCGCCUCGCCUUCACGGGGGCCGCCUUCGCGCUCUUCGUCGGCCUCCCCGUCGCGGCCUUCGGCGGCCGCGGGGGCGUCGGCGGCGACGCCCUGCACCUCGCGCUCGGGGCCACCGGCUCCGGGAUCCUCGCCGUCACGCUCGCCGUCGUAAGGAUGUACCUCGGCUGGGCCUACGUCGGGAACCGCCUGCUCAGCGCCACCGUCGAGUAUGAGGAGACGGGAUGGUACGACGGGCAGAUAUGGGUUAAAACCCCAGAAGUUCUAGCUCGUGAUCGUCUUCUCGGAUCAUUUUCUGUGAAGCCGGUGCUGAACAGAGUGAAGUUCACCCUGGUGGGCCUGGCGGUGUCGCUGACCCUCUGCAUCCUCCUCUACGCCAACACCGAGAAGCCGAGGGAGCCGCUGGAGAACCCCGCCGGCGGGAGGGCCAUCCCCGGGGUGUACAGCGACACCGCCGCGAGGUCCUUCGAGCCCGACGCCUUCUGCGGGGAGCCCGACCUCGGCGACCAGUCGGAACUGUAACUGCAAAUGGCGUUCCUAGUGGAUGGAAGGUGACGACCGGAUGUCUUCAUAUCCAUCUUGUUCGUCAGGGUGAAAAGUGAUGUAAAUAUAUGGCCGUACAUAGUGAUAGUGCAUACGAAAUGAGAAUCCCUUGUAUAGUUGUAUAGCUGUA